ACCAAUUCCAUGGAUCAACUAAUCUUCAUCACACUCAAUCAAACAAAAUAUGAUGAAUAGUAGUACCACCAUUGGUUCCUCAGAAAAUAUCCAAGGUAAAUUUGUUCUUACCUUCGGAAUUUCCCUAGGCAUUCUUGUCCUAAUCUUGAUUAUCAUCAUCAUGUCUUACCUUUGCACUUGCAAGCGUCCACUGCUGCAUCCAUCUCACCGGAGCACUUCCUCUUCAGAUGACCAAGACUCUGUCACUAUUGAGCUUGGACUAGAUGAAUCUAAUCUCCUCAACUACUGUCCGAAGCUCCUUUAUUCUCAAGCCAAACUCGACAAGGGUGAUUCCAUGGCGUCUAGCUGCUCCAUAUGCUUGGCGGAGUACAAGGAGGAUGAUAUGCUCCGGUUAUUACCUGACUGCGAUCACAUCUUCCAUGUGGAUUGCGUUGAUCCAUGGUUAAGGCUCCAUCCUACAUGUCCAAUAUGUCGUCACUCGUCAAUUCCUCCUGCCGAGAUCGCUGCCAUGACAAGGCUGCGAGAAAUUUCGCGUCCAUGGUUUACACCAUUUAUGCGUUAGUCUUUUCCAGUAACUUAGUUUUUCACCGGAAGCAAUUUUAUUUCAUUUAAAUUGAAAGUCAUAGAUUCAGGCAAUAUGAUUGGUUCUUUUUAUUUUGUACGAACAUAAACAAAUCAAUAUGCAUUCCCCAUUUGGCCCGUUGUUGUUUAAUAUCUUCAUCCAAAGUCCAAACCAUUGAUUUCUUCUUCUUCUUCUUCAAGAGAUAUCCCUCAUAAGCUCUGUCACAUCAAUGAUUUUAGGCUCUUGAAUUUAUAUAUCACCCUGUUCUCUCUGACUUUCUCUUACUCAUGAGGCUCUUUUCGCACCAUCUGUGGUUUUUUCUUGGAUCUGACGUCUUGGGACAAGAAUGAAUGAACCCAUCAAAGGCAAAUACGUAACCUGAAGAACUCGAUCUGGCUUGAAGUACCCAACUGGCUUGAUUGAUAUCAGCUUCUUCAACAAUUUCCCCUUCAUCUUUCUUUCUUCAAUUCACCUGAUAAAAUCCAGUCUGGGUU